AGCGGCGGCGGCGGCGGCGGCGGAGGCGCAGCGGGAGCGGAGCCGGCUGCACUCGGGGGCUGGCGCUCCGCAAUGAGACAGUAGCUGCAUCCCCGCGUGCGCUGCUGCAGGGUAACAUCUGGACUGGAAUCGAGGCCCCUCUGGUGCUUGGAUGUCCCUAAAUUCCUGGAUCAGCUUGUUGAAGACCGUAUUGCUGCUAGAAGCUUCUCAUACUCCUCAGGAUCUUUUCAGUAAGACUGAUACUGCAUAAACUGAGAAUUUAGACGCUCUGAGCAAAACCCAUCAAGUCGUCUAUGAAAAUGGUGGCACUAUCCUUAAAGAUCUGUGUCCGCCACUGCAAUGUGGUGAAGACCAUGCAGUUUGAGCCAUCGACAGCCGUAUACGAUGCCUGUCGAGUCAUUCGGGAGCGAGUGCCCGAGGCGCAGACUGGACAAGCCUCUGACUAUGGGCUGUUUCUCUCUGAUGAAGACCCCAGGAAAGGGAUUUGGUUAGAAGCAGGGCGGACACUGGAUUACUACAUGCUGCGGAACGGGGAUAUUUUGGAGUACAAGAAGAAACAGAGGCCUCAGAAAAUCCGGAUGUUGGAUGGCUCUGUGAAGACAGUGAUGGUGGACGACUCGAAGACAGUUGGAGAGCUCCUGGUCACCAUCUGCAGCAGGAUAGGAAUAACAAAUUAUGAAGAGUAUUCUUUAAUCCAAGAAACGAUUGAAGAAAAGAAAGAGGAAGGGACGGGCACACUCAAAAAAGACAGGACGUUGUUACGAGACGAGAGGAAGAUGGAGAAGCUGAAGGCCAAGCUCCACACGGAUGACGACUUAAAUUGGCUAGAUCACAGCCGGACAUUCAGAGAGCAAGGGGUGGAUGAAAAUGAAACUUUGCUUCUUCGACGGAAGUUCUUUUACUCUGAUCAGAAUGUGGACUCAAGAGACCCGGUGCAAUUGAACUUGCUUUACGUCCAGGCUCGGGAUGACAUCCUGAAUGGCUCUCACCCUGUCUCCUUUGAGAAGGCAUGUGAGUUUGGUGGAUUUCAAGCCCAGAUACAGUUUGGACCUCAUGUGGAGCAUAAACACAAGCCUGGAUUCUUAGAUCUAAAGGAAUUCCUACCGAAAGAGUACAUCAAGCAGAGAGGAGCUGAGAAGCGGAUAUUUCAGGAACAUAAAAACUGUGGAGAGAUGAGUGAAAUGGAAGCCAAGGUCAAGUAUGUCAAACUCGCCCGGUCCCUCCGGACAUAUGGAGUGUCCUUUUUCCUGGUGAAGGAGAAAAUGAAAGGCAAGAAUAAGCUGGUUCCCCGCCUCCUGGGUAUCACCAAGGAUUCUGUCAUGCGCGUGGAUGAGAAGACCAAGGAAGUGCUUCAGGAGUGGCCGCUCACCACAGUCAAACGCUGGGCAGCUUCACCCAAGAGCUUCACCCUGGAUUUUGGAGAGUACCAGGAAAGCUACUAUUCAGUACAAACCACAGAGGGGGAACAAAUAUCCCAGCUGAUCGCAGGAUACAUUGACAUCAUCCUCAAAAAGAAACAAAGCAAAGAUAGAUUUGGGCUGGAAGGGGAUGAGGAGUCAACCAUGUUAGAAGAGUCAGUUUCCCCAAAAAAGUCUACCAUCUUGCAGCAGCAGUUCAACCGGACUGGGAAGGCAGAGCACGGCUCAGUAGCACUACCGGCUGUCAUGCGCUCUGGCUCCAGCGGGCCUGAGACUUUCAAUGUUGGGAGCAUGCCCUCACCGCAGCAGCAGGUCAUGGUUGGACAGAUGCACCGAGGACACAUGCCUCCACUGACUUCGGCGCAGCAAGCCCUUAUGGGGACCAUCAACACAAGCAUGCAUGCUGUCCAGCAGGCUCAGGAUGACCUCAGCGAGCUGGACUCACUGCCACCUCUCGGACAAGACAUGGCAUCUAGGGUAUGGGUUCAGAACAAAGUGGAUGAAUCCAAACAUGAAAUCCACUCUCAAGUUGAUGCUAUCACAGCUGGGACAGCUUCAGUUGUCAACCUCACGGCUGGUGACCCCGCUGAUACUGACUACACAGCCGUGGGCUGUGCAAUCACUACAAUCUCUUCCAACCUGACCGAAAUGUCCAAGGGUGUGAAGCUGCUGGCGGCCCUCAUGGACGAUGACGUGGGCAGUGGGGAGGACCUUCUCAGAGCUGCCAGGACCCUCGCCGGGGCCGUGUCUGAUUUGCUGAAGGCCGUGCAGCCUACUUCUGGAGAGCCUCGACAGACUGUUUUGACUGCUGCGGGGAGCAUCGGCCAAGCCAGUGGCGAUCUCCUGAGACAGAUCGGAGAGAACGAGACGGAUGAGCGAUUCCAAGAUGUUUUAAUGAGUCUGGCUAAAGCUGUUGCCAAUGCGGCUGCCAUGUUGGUGCUCAAGGCGAAGAACGUGGCCCAGGUGGCUGAAGACACCGUCCUACAGAACAGAGUGAUCGCUGCAGCCACCCAGUGUGCUCUGUCCACCUCCCAGCUUGUGGCGUGUGCCAAGGUCGUGAGCCCCACCAUCAGCUCUCCUGUGUGUCAGGAGCAACUAAUAGAGGCUGGGAAGCUGGUGGACCGCUCUGUGGAAAACUGUGUCCGUGCCUGCCAGGCAGCCACUGGCGACAGUGAACUCCUGAAGCAGGUCAGCGCGGCGGCCAGCGUGGUCAGCCAGGCCCUGCACGACCUCCUGCAGCAUGUGCGGCAGUUUGCCAGCCGCGGCGAGCCCAUCGGCCGUUACGACCAGGCCACCGACACCAUCAUGUGCGUCACCGAGAGCAUCUUCAGUUCCAUGGGUGAUGCUGGUGAGAUGGUGCGCCAGGCCCGGGUGCUGGCCCAGGCCACGUCCGAUCUUGUCAAUGCCAUGAGGUCAGAUGCGGAGGCUGAGAUCGACAUGGAGAAUUCCAAGAAGCUCCUCGCAGCUGCAAAGCUCUUGGCUGACUCCACGGCCCGCAUGGUGGAAGCUGCAAAGGGGGCUGCAGCCAACCCAGAGAAUGAAGACCAGCAACAAAGGCUGAGAGAAGCUGCCGAAGGUCUCCGAGUAGCCACCAACGCUGCUGCCCAGAAUGCUAUUAAGAAAAAAAUUGUCAACCGGCUGGAGGUUGCAGCCAAGCAGGCUGCAGCUGCUGCCACGCAGACCAUCGCAGCCUCCCAGAAUGCAGCUGUCUCCAACAAGAACCCCUCAGCCCAGCAGCAACUGGUCCAGAGCUGCAAGGCAGUGGCCGACCACAUCCCUCAGCUCGUGCAGGGGGUGAGAGGGAGCCAAGCUCAAGCAGAAGACCUCAGCGCUCAGCUGGCCCUCAUCAUCUCCAGCCAGAACUUCCUGCAGCCUGGAAGCAAGAUGGUAUCCUCUGCCAAGGCAGCGGUCCCCACUGUGAGUGACCAGGCCGCGGCCAUGCAGCUGAGUCAGUGUGCGAAGAACCUGGCGACCAGCCUGGCCGAGCUGCGCACCGCCUCGCAGAAGGCCCAUGAAGCCUGUGGUCCCAUGGAAAUCGAUUCUGCACUAAACACAGUGCAGACUCUCAAGAAUGAGCUGCAGGAUGCCAAGAUGGCCGCUGCAGAAGGUCAACUGAAGCCACUUCCAGGAGAAACGCUAGAGAAGUGUGCUCAGGACCUGGGAAGCACCUCUAAGGGAGUGGGCUCCUCCAUGGCACAGCUCCUCACCUGCGCUGCUCAGGGCAACGAGCACUAUACAGGAGUGGCAGCUAGAGAAACAGCCCAAGCUCUGAAAACAUUGGCCCAGGCUGCCCGGGGAGUGGCUGCGUCCACAAAUGACCCCGAGGCUGCUCAUGCCAUGUUAGAUUCUGCUCGGGAUGUGAUGGAGGGCUCGGCCAUGCUCAUCCAAGAAGCUAAGCAGGCCUUAAUUGCACCUGGAGAUACAGAAAGUCAGCAGAGGUUAGCCCAGGUGGCCAAAGCUGUGUCUCACUCCUUGAAUAACUGCGUGAAUUGCCUCCCUGGCCAGAAGGAUGUGGAUGUGGCCUUGAAGAGCAUCGGGGAGUCCAGCAAGAAGCUGCUUGUAGAUUCGCUACCUCCCAGCACAAAGCCUUUCCAGGAAGCCCAGAGUGAGCUGAACCAGGCUGCUGCGGAUCUGAACCAGUCUGCUGGGGAAGUCGUCCACGCCACGAGGGGCCAGAGUGGAGAGCUGGCGGCCGCUUCUGGAAAGUUCAGUGAUGACUUCGAUGAGUUCCUGGAUGCUGGCAUUGAGAUGGCUGGCCAGGCGCAGACGAAAGAAGAUCAGAUGCAAGUGAUAGGGAACCUUAAGAAUAUCUCUAUGGCAUCCAGCAAGCUGCUCUUAGCCGCCAAGUCUCUCUCUGUAGAUCCUGGAGCUCCCAACGCAAAAAAUCUUCUGGCUGCAGCUGCAAGAGCUGUCACAGAGAGCAUCAAUCAGCUCAUCAUGUUGUGUACCCAGCAGGCCCCGGGGCAGAAGGAGUGUGACAACGCCCUGCGGGAGCUUGAGACUGUCAAGGGGAUGCUGGAAAACCCCAAUGAACCUGUGAGUGACCUCUCUUACUUCGACUGCAUUGAGAGUGUGAUGGAAAACUCCAAGGUUCUGGGCGAGUCAAUGGCAGGGAUUUCACAGAAUGCCAAGACUGGGGACCUCCCUGCCUUCGGGGAAUGUGUGGGGAUCGCAUCCAAGGCUCUCUGUGGCCUGACCGAGGCCGCGGCCCAGGCUGCAUACCUGGUUGGCAUCUCUGAUCCAAACAGCCAGGCAGGCCACCAAGGCCUGGUGGACCCCAUCCAGUUUGCCAGGGCUAACCAGGCGAUCCAGAUGGCAUGCCAGAACCUGGUGGACCCUGGCAGCAGCCCAUCGCAGGUUCUGUCGGCUGCCACCAUCGUUGCCAAGCACACCUCGGCCUUAUGCAACGCCUGCCGCAUCGCCUCAUCCAAGACGGCCAACCCUGUGGCCAAGAGGCACUUUGUGCAGUCAGCCAAGGAGGUCGCCAACAGCACCGCCAACCUGGUCAAGACCAUCAAGGCCCUGGAUGGGGAUUUCUCUGAAGACAACCGCAAUAAGUGUCGGAUUGCUACCACACCCUUGAUCGAAGCUGUGGAGAACCUGACCGCCUUUGCAUCAAACCCUGAGUUUGUCAGCAUUCCUGCUCAGAUCAGCUCUGAGGGCUCCCAGGCACAGGAACCAAUCUUGGUCUCAGCCAAGACCAUGCUGGAGAGCUCAUCAUACCUCAUCCGCACUGCACGCUCUCUGGCCAUCAAUCCCAAAGAUCCGCCCACCUGGUCUGUGUUGGCUGGACAUUCCCACACCGUGUCGGACUCCAUUAAGAGUCUCAUCACAUCUAUCAGGGACAAGGCCCCUGGGCAGAGGGAGUGUGACUACUCCAUUGAUGGCAUCAACCGCUGCAUCAGGGACAUUGAGCAGGCCUCCCUGGCAGCAGUCAGCCAGAGCCUGGCCACAAGGGACGACAUCUCUGUGGAGGCCCUGCAGGAGCAGCUGACCUCGGUGGUCCAGGAAAUCGGGCAUCUUAUUGAUCCCAUUGCCACAGCAGCUCGAGGGGAAGCUGCCCAGCUGGGACACAAGGUGACACAGCUGGCAGGCUACUUUGAGCCCUUGAUCUUAGCUGCAGUCGGUGUCGCCUCCAAGAUGCUGGACCAUCAACAGCAGAUGACAGUGCUGGACCAGACCAAGACCCUCGCAGAGUCCGCCCUGCAGAUGCUGUACGCAGCCAAAGAAGGUGGAGGAAACCCCAAGGCACAGCACACCCACGAUGCCAUCACGGAGGCUGCACAACUGAUGAAGGAAGCUGUGGACGACAUUAUGGUGACACUAAAUGAAGCUGCCAGUGAAGUGGGGCUGGUGGGUGGCAUGGUGGAUGCCAUCGCAGAGGCCAUGAGCAAGCUGGAUGAAGGCACACCUCCAGAACCAAAGGGAACAUUUGUUGACUACCAGACAACCGUGGUUAAAUACUCCAAAGCUAUUGCCGUCACGGCUCAGGAAAUGAUGACUAAGUCGGUUACUAACCCGGAGGAGUUGGGAGGCCUGGCUUCACAAAUGACCAGUGACUAUGGGCACCUGGCUCUCCAGGGCCAGAUGGCAGCAGCCACCGCCGAACCAGAGGAGAUUGGAUUCCAGAUUCGCACACGUGUGCAGGACCUGGGUCAUGGCUGUAUCUUCCUGGUGCAGAAGGCGGGGGCCCUCCAGGUGUGCCCCACAGACAGCUACACCAAGAGGGAGCUGAUCGAGUGUGCCCGUUCCGUCACUGAGAAGGUGUCCUUGGUGCUGUCCGCUCUCCAGGCCGGGAACAAGGGGACCCAAGCCUGCAUCACGGCUGCGACUGCAGUGUCUGGGAUCAUCGCCGACCUGGACACCACCAUCAUGUUUGCGACGGCAGGGACGCUGAAUGCAGAGAAUGGCGAGACCUUUGCAGAUCACAGGGAGAACAUUCUGAAAACAGCCAAGGCCUUGGUGGAAGACACGAAGCUGCUGGUGUCAGGGGCCGCCUCCACUCCAGACAAGCUGGCCCAGGCAGCUCAGUCCUCGGCAGCGACCAUCACCCAGCUUGCCGAGGUGGUCAAGCUGGGGGCUGCCAGCCUGGGCUCCAAUGACCCUGAGACCCAGGUGGUACUGAUAAAUGCCAUCAAAGAUGUGGCCAAGGCCCUCUCUGAUCUCAUUGGUGCUACCAAGGGAGCUGCCAGCAAGCCAGCCGAUGACCCCUCCAUGUACCAGCUCAAAGGAGCCGCCAAGGUGAUGGUGACCAACGUCACCUCUCUUCUGAAGACAGUGAAGGCAGUGGAAGAUGAGGCCACCCGGGGCACAAGGGCGCUCGAGGCCACCAUCGAGUACAUAAAGCAGGAACUCACGGUAUUCCAGUCAAAAGACAUACCUGAGAAGACAUCAUCACCCGAAGAAUCAAUAAGAAUGACGAAAGGCAUCACCAUGGCAACAGCCAAAGCCGUGGCAGCUGGGAAUUCAUGUAGACAGGAGGACGUGAUUGCAACCGCCAAUCUGAGCAGGAAGGCUGUCUCAGAUAUGUUGACAGCUUGCAAGCAAGCAUCCUUCUAUCCUGAUGUCAGCGAAGAGGUACGAACUAGAGCCUUGCGGUAUGGCACAGAAUGCACCCUGGGCUACCUGGACCUUCUGGAACACGUCUUGGUGAUCCUUCAAAAGCCGACCCCAGAACUCAAGCAUCAGCUGGCUGCUUUCUCCAAGAGAGUUGCUGGUGCUGUCACAGAGCUCAUCCAGGCAGCGGAAGCCAUGAAAGGAACAGAGUGGGUGGAUCCGGAAGACCCAACCGUCAUUGCGGAAACAGAAUUACUGGGAGCUGCGGCGUCCAUUGAAGCUGCCGCCAAGAAGUUAGAGCAGCUGAAGCCGAGAGCAAAACCAAAGCAAGCAGACGAGACCCUGGAUUUUGAAGAACAGAUCUUAGAAGCUGCUAAGUCCAUUGCUGCUGCCACAAGUGCCCUGGUCAAAUCUGCCUCAGCAGCCCAAAGGGAGCUGGUGGCCCAAGGCAAGGUGGGCUCCAUCCCUGCCAACGCUGCUGACGAUGGACAGUGGUCACAGGGGCUGAUCUCUGCUGCCCGGAUGGUGGCGGCAGCAACCAGCAGUCUCUGUGAGGCAGCCAAUGCCUCUGUUCAGGGACAUGCCAGCGAGGAAAAGCUCAUCUCAUCUGCUAAGCAGGUCGCAGCUUCGACCGCUCAGCUGCUGGUGGCCUGCAAGGUGAAGGCCGACCAGGAUUCAGAGGCCAUGAAGCGGCUACAGGCAGCAGGAAAUGCUGUGAAAAGAGCCUCAGACAAUCUUGUCCGUGCAGCCCAGAAGGCAGCCUUCGGCAAAGCUGAUGAUGACGAUGUCGUUGUGAAAACCAAGUUUGUGGGAGGCAUUGCUCAGAUCAUCGCAGCCCAGGAAGAGAUGCUCAAGAAAGAGCGAGAGCUGGAGGAAGCCAGGAAGAAGCUGGCCCAGAUCCGCCAGCAGCAGUAUAAGUUCCUACCCACGGAGCUGAGGGAAGAUGAGGGCUAAUGCCUACCCAUGAUGGCGAGCCCCGGGAAGUGGCGCCCCUCCCCCCCCAACAAGAACUGGACAGCGCAGUGUUCCCAAGGGCCAGGUACUUCCUGGAAACUGCUGGCCCUCCACCUGGAGUCUCUUUCUCUCUUCUCGGUCCUGUUACCAUCGGCUGCAUGAUCAUGAUCUCACACGGUACAGUGUCCCACCCACAGCUCCUCCAGCUCCCCUCGUGCCUCGCUUUAUCUCAGGAGAGAGGGGCGCACAUUUCAUGGACUGUUACCAAAAAAGAGAAAAGUCAGUAUUAUGUCAUUCUCAGACACUCUAGUCUUUGUCCUACAAGACUGCUCCAGGGCCUCUUUGUGACAUCACACUAGGAAAAGAACAACAUCAACAACAAUAGUAAUGGCUCACGGGCAUCAUCUGUAUCGUGGACACAGCUACUCUCUCUCUAGAGAGAAGGCGGAAGCUGCCAUUGGACACUGUUAGUAAAGCCAGAAACACUCCCUGGUGGACUCUGGGGUCUAGAGUCACAGAGGUCCUUGUAAGUUUGGAGCACUGAUUUGCCCACGGGGGUGAAGAACCUCUGCCCCAUUUGCACGCUUUUCUUGCCUCAGUGUGUAAGCUCCUUGUACAAUCUACAUCCAUCUUGUAUUCUGUGGCCCAGAAAAAUGGAAGUUAUUAUUUUUGUUUUCCUCCCCCAAAGGGCAGAGUUGUGGAAAGUGGUCAGGGUUAGGUGGGCAGGGGCCGGAAUAAAAUCCUGGGCUCCUUGA